CGAACGAACGAACUAACGAACAGACGAUACGGACGAACGAAUCGCACAAAAAGAAGGAAGGAAGAAGGAAGGAAGGAAGAAAGGACACUUGGCUCUCUCCAUUCUCGCUCUCGCUCUCUCCUCUCUCUCUCUCUCUCUCACUCUCUCUCUCUCUCUCUCUCUCUCUCUCUCUCUCUCUCUUUCUGUCUUUCUGUCUUUCUGUCUUCAUCUUUUUGUCUGUCUCUGUAUCUUCGUUCACGACUACUACUAGUGCGACUAUUAUCGGACAUCUUCCUAUCAAGAUACGCCAACGUAAUACUCGUUCGUUCACUCGAUUUAUCCGUCUAUUUCUUCCAUUCUUUCCUCCCUCUUUUUUUCUCUUUCUCUCUCUCUCUCUCUCUCUCUUUCUUUCUUAUUCUUUUCUUUCUUUUUUCCUCGUCCUUCUCUCUGUCUUUCUCGCGUCCUAGUGCCGUGCCGCUUCGCUCCGUGCCGAAGCGGCUGCGAGUGGUGUGUGCUGGCUCUGGUCUGAAGGAGGGAACGAACGGUGGGGGUGGAGGACAAGUAAAGAAAGGGUGCCAUUGGGUUCGAGGACAAGGAAAUUCAAGGAAGACGGGGACGACUGCUCCUACUUUUACUCGAUUUUUAUCGGUGCCGCGACGACGAGAUUUCUACUAUCCGAAGAAACACAGGAAGCUUUAGGGAUAAACAACCUGAUCCUCCGAAUGAUGUUGAAUUGACGAAAACUGAACAACGCAAGGGAUGGCUCCUUUCGGUACCAUCUUCCUCGGUGUCUGGGGAGUGUUCGUCGUCGUUCUGAUACAAGAGUCCAAACCAGUCAGCUGGGAGGAAUGGUGGACCUACGACGGUAUUUCAGGUCCUGCCUUCUGGGGCCUCAUCAAUCCAGAUUGGUGGCUCUGUAACAAAGGGAGACGACAAUCACCGGUUAACUUGGAGCCGAACAGACUUCUCUUCGACCCGAACUUACAGCCGUUACACCUCGACAAGCACAAAGUCGGUGGAGUCCUGGCAAACACCGGUCACAGUGUGGUAUUCGCGGUCGAAAACGAUACCCGCCAUCCUGUCAAUAUAUCCGGUGGGCCCCUCAGCUAUCGCUACCAGUUCCACGAGAUUCACUUGCAUUUCGGCUUGGAGGACCACAUCGGUAGCGAGCACACUAUCGAUGGACACGCGUUUCCCGCUGAGCUCCAAAUAUUCGGAUUUAAUUCCCAGCUUUACAACAAUUUCUCCGACGCCUUGCACAGAGCACAAGGGAUCGUUGCAGUCUCCCUUUUACUUCAGGUAGGAGAUCUGUCGAACCCACAGCUGAGAACGUUUACCCAACAACUGGAUCAAAUCAAAUAUGGAGGGCAGGCCGUGGAAAUUACACAUUUCGUCGUGCGCGAUCUCCUACCGGACACGAAGCAUUACAUGACGUACGAUGGUUCAACCACGAUGCCGGCCUGCCAUGAGACCACGACGUGGAUAAUACUGAACAAGCCGAUAUAUAUUACGAAGCAGCAGCUCCAUGCCCUGCGGCAGUUGUAUCAGGGUGACAUGAAACAUCCGAAUGCGAAGCUGGGGAACAACAUUAGACCGAUUCAACCGCUCCACCAUCGUCCAAUUCGUACCAACAUCGAUUUUAGCGUGCAGCAAGGGCAUAAAAAUUGUCCAACGAUGAACAGGGAUCUUUACUACAAAGCCAACAGCUGGAAAUAACCCUGAGAGCUUUAAGCAACACGCAGUACGGUGAUCGACGUCAUGCGUUUUAAAAGAAGGAAGGAAAUAUAGAAAGAAAAAAAGAAAGAAAGCAAGCAAGCAAGCAAGGAAGCAAGCAAGCGAGCGAGCGAGCGAGCGAGCAAGGAAGCAAGCGAGAGAACGUGAGAACGAGAAAGAGAAAGAAAGAGAGAGAAAGAGAGGAACAGAGGAAGAGAGAAAGAUAAGAAAAAUUAAAGAAAAACUACGCUUUCCCUCGGACGAGCUGGAACUUCGCUGUGAAAGAAACCAUUGACAUAUCAAUUGCACGCGUGCGACGGUGGUCCUCGCAGAGAAGAAAGAACGAGAGUGUGUGUGUGUAAGUGUGCGCGUGUAUGUGUGUGUGUGUGUGUGUGGGUGGGUGGGUGGGUAGAUGGAUGUAUGAGUGUGCGUAUGAAUGCAAGCGAGUACGAGCAAGAAAAAGAAAGAAAAGUAAGUAAGUAAGUAAGUAAGUAAGUAAGUAAGUAAGUAAGUAAGUAAGUAAGUAAGUAAGAAAGAAAGAAAGAAAGAAAGAAAGAAAGAUAGGAAG